UUUGAGCAAAUACCAUGUCUUGCUGCCGGCUUACCUCACUUUUCCAAUGACUACAUGAGAUGUUGGGGACGUGAUGUGUUUAUUUCAUUUAGAGGUUUAUUGAUUGUGGCCGAGAGACACGAAGAUGCAAAACGCCAUAUUCUCGGGUUUGCAAAGACCUUGAAACACGGGCUUAUUCCCAACUUAUUAGAUGCCGGUAGAAACCCCAGAUAUAACGCCAGGGAUGCGGCUUGGUUCUUCUUGCAAGCCAUUCAAGACUAUAUCAAGGAAGUUCCCAACGGAAUUGAAAUUUUGGACGAAAAAGUCUCCAGAAGAUUUCCUCUAGAUGAUACCUACGUUACUUAUGACGAUCCAGUCGCUUUCAGUUAUGAAAGCACCAUUCGAGAAGUGAUUUUCGAGAUUCUUCAACGACACGCGAAGGGAAUUAAGUAUCGUGAAGCCAAUGCUGGACCUAAUUUGGACUCGCAAAUGAAAGAUAUCGGGUUCAACGUCGAGAUCAACGUUGACUGGAGCAACGGGUUAAUUUUUGGAGGCCAACAAUUUAAUUGUGGAACCUGGAUGGAUAAAAUGGGAGAAAGCACAUUGGCCGGAAACAAAGGGUACCCUGGAACCCCUAGAGACGGGGCUGCGGUAGAGAUCCAAGGUCUUUUGAAGAGCGCUUUACGAUUUGUCAACGAGUUAGGCGAUAAGUUCAGCUACGACAAGGUGGAAAGAGCCGAUGGUAGCUCUAUAACAUUUAAAGAAUGGGAAGACCUUGUACAGAGCAACUUUGAACGGUGUUUUUUUGUUCCAACUCUGGCAGAUGAUGACCAGAAGUACGAUAUUGAUCCAAGCAUUGUCAAUAGAAGAGGUAUUUAUAAGGACUUGUACCGGUCGGGCAAGCCCUAUGAAGACUACCAGUUGCGGCCCAACUUUGCGAUUGCCAUGACCGUUGCACCCGAGUUAUUUGAUGCCGGUAGAGGCUACAGUGCCAUUAAACAGGCGGACCAAAUCAUCAGAGGACCAGUGGGAAUGAGAACUUUGGACCCAAGUGACUGGAACUAUCGUCCUGACUACUACAAUUCCGUUGACAGCACCGACUUUGCUACGGCCAAGGGCAGAAACUACCACCAAGGACCUGAAUGGGUGUGGUGUUUUGGAUAUUUCAUGAGAGCAUACUUGAAGUUCACGUACAAAAAGGUUGCGGACGAGCAGGUUUUGUUUGGUGAUUUGAACCAGAAAAUCCAGGGACACAUCAAGUGGAUCCGGGAAAGUGACUGGGCCGGACUCACAGAGUUGACCAAUAAAGAUGGAGAGUUGUGUGGAGACCUGAGUCCUUCACAAGCGUGGUCGACCUCCUGUUUGCUUGAUUUAUACUACGAUCUUUGGAAGCGGCAUUACCGUGUAUUCGAUAUAGCAUAGAGUAUAGAGAAUAGAGGAGUAGAAACCAAGCAGAGAAUAGAGGGUUAUAAAUGCAACGAGACCAGCCGUCCCAUAUAGUAGGAUUUGUAUAGUGUUGUCAACAUCGUCACAUGUUGUACAACAUAUUCUGUGAAAGCUGAAGGCACUCGAGCCUAUUUCCGGGAUCGCGGUUCCGCUUCGCAGCCAAAAUGUGGAGACGGAAAGGGAAUACCGAAAAUUCACCUCCAGUCGCAGCCCUAUAAAAACUCCAAAAAAUCACCUAUUACAUCGCCAAAACAUCAACAUGCUUUCUCGAACACUCAGAAGAGGAUCUUACGUGCCCAAAAUUAUCCGGUGUUUGAGCUUGAAUUCCACUACCACCAACUUCCCCCAGGCUCAUGAAGUUGAGUCGUACGUUACUCCAAGUUUUGCAAAUAACCAGUUUUUCAAAUCCAAGUCGACCGUAUGGUACGAUAUUCAUGAUCCAGCCACGAAUAACGUGAUCUCCCAGGUGCCUCAGUCGACCCCGGAGGAGAUGGAGGCGGCCAUCGCUGGUGCCGCUGCUGCUUUCCCUAUGUGGAAGGGCCUCAGUAUCAUUAAGAGACAAGGUAUCGCAUUCAAGUUUGUGGAGUUAUUGAAAGCCAAUAUGGACAGAAUAGCGGCAAUGAUUGUGUUGGAGCAGGGUAAGACAUUCCAGGAUGCUAAAGGUGACGUGUUGAGAGGGUUACAGGUGGCUGAAGCUGCUUGCAACAUUCCCAACGAUAUGAUGGGACAGACACUCGAGGUUGCAACCGAUAUGGAAACCAAGAUGGUGAGAGAGCCGUUGGGCGUGGUGGCGUCUAUCUGCCCAUUCAACUUCCCAGCAAUGGUGCCCUUGUGGUCAAUUCCAUUGAUUUUGGCCACGGGAAAUACUGCAGUCAUCAAGCCCAGUGAGCGGGUGCCUGGGGCGGCGAUGAUUAUUUGUGAACUUCUUCAACAGGCGGGUGUUCCUGCCAACGUGAUCAAUAUCAUCCACGGUAAGCAUGAUGCAGUCAACAAGAUCAUCGAGGACCCACGGAUCAAGGCCAUCACCUUUGUGGGUGGUGAUAAGGCCGGUAAGUAUAUAUACGAGAAAGGUACCUCAUUGGGAAAGCGGGUGCAAUCAAAUAUGGGUGCCAAAAACCAUAUGAUAGUGAUGCCUGAUGCCAACAAGGAGCAGUUUGUGAAUGCAGUCAAUGGAGCUGCGUUCGGGGCUGCUGGUCAGAGAUGUAUGGCGAUUUCUGUGUUGGUGACGGUAGGAAAGUCGAAAGAGUGGAUUUCGGACGUGGUGGCCGACGCUCAGAAGUUGCGGGUUGGAUCUGGGUUCGACCAAACCAGUGAUCUUGGUCCUUUGGUUAACCCCAGCAGUUUGGUGAAGGCUAAAGAAAUCAUUGAGGAUAGUGCCAACCAAGGGGCUGAGAUUGCGUUGGACGGCAGAAUCACCAAUUUGCCAGCUCCGUAUGACAAGGGGAAUUUCCUUUUCCCAACUGUCUUAACCAACGUCAAGCCAGGAAUGAGGUGCUAUGACGAGGAGAUUUUUGCGCCUGUUUUAAGUGUUAUCAACGCUGAGACUUUGGAUGAGGCAAUCAGCAUUGUUAAUUCCAACAGAUACGGAAACGGAGUGUCGUUGUUCACGAGUUCGGGUUCCAAUGCCCAGAAGUUUGUCACAAAUAUUGAAUGUGGACAGGUUGGUGUGAAUGUUCCAAUCCCAGUGCCUUUGCCCAUGUUUUCAUUUACAGGAAACAAGGGCUCAUUCUUGGGAGAUUUGAAUUUUUACGGCCGGGCAGCCGGCAGCGCCAGCGCGGGCAAGAAUCUUAGUAGCCGGUUCGACGUGUUGCAACAAGACAAGUACAAUUUGAUCAAUGAUUUCUUGGAGGAAAAGUUGAUUGACAAUGACUUGACGUAUUACGAGAGCUUGGACAUGGGAGACUGCUGAUGUAUUAAGGUAUUAAGGCAGCGAUUAUGAAGGUACGACUAUUUAUUAUAUUUAUUCAGUUCCGAAUGGACAUUACGAGAAAACGCGGUAGACGGUGCCGAUGGUGCCGGUGGUUCCGGCGGCUUGGCCAGGGUGGCGCUGUGCGACUGAGACAUUUCUCCCCUGGGCGGCGCGGUGCGACUGAGACAUUUCUGACCUCGACGCGUGCGGUGUACCUGCACUACGCCAUUGAUUCGAGACCAUUCACUCUAGACACAUACCCAUUCACUCUAGACACAACUUAAUUCGCACUUUUAGUAACGUAUAUGUUGUCAACUACACGUUCA